AUGCAAGAACAAUCCAGUAAGCUAUCAGAACAAGGCAAGGGAUUCCAAGAUAACUAUCCUCCUGUCUACAACAGCUUCACUGAUUAUGUCAACUCGCAGAUGUCGACAAUAGGCAGGGCGAGGUCAUGGCAAGACCAAAAAUCCCUAUUCGGGAUGAGAAUCAAUCCUAAGAAGCUCCCUGGAGAAAGGAAAGUCAAUCCAGAACAAACAUCUUUUUCCGGUGAUCUUAAGGAAUUCAUCAAUGAUAUGCAGCUAGGGCUAGGAGGAGAUGGGAACAACGGAAGUUCAACCUACUGCCCAUUUCAUGGCUACAAUUUAAAGGACAAGUCGAAAGUUUUGACGGAUGAUGAUGACACUCGACAUGACAAUAGUGAAGCAAGCGCGCGGGAUAUGANGGACAAGUCGAAAGUUUUGACGGAUGAUGAUGACACUCGACAUGACAAUAGUGAAGUAAGCGCGCGGGAUAUAAAGUACAUGCUUUUAGUAGGUGUUCAGUAG